CCCCGGCAGCCGGAGGAGCUGGAGGAGCUGGAGGAGCUGGAGGAGCUGGAGGAGCUGGGACACUCCGGGGACAGCGGCUGAGCUGCGGGCUGGAUUUGGCUGGGCCAUGGUGCAGCUGGAGCUGUGGGCGGCCGUGGCGCUGAUGCUGCUCGGGGCGGCCGUCAGCCUCUGCAUCAGGUGCCAGCUCUCAGCUACCAAACGUGAGACACAGCUGAACCAGCGGAGGAGCCAGCUCGAAAGCCAGCAGAGAUUUGAGGUGAUUCGAUCCCAUACCAUUGCAACCCGAAGGCUGGAAAAAAGUAAGGAACCUGAAAACUUCUCAAUAGCAAGUAAAGCCACCGAAGAGCUCAGUGCUUCCCAUCACCCUGGAUAUGGGAGCAGAGAAGAGCCCAGGUACCAGAAUUUCCUGGCAGAGAACUGCCUGCAAGAAGAAACUGCCUAUGUGGAGCCCGUGUCUCUGGAUCACUACUACAACUGCAGCAGGCUCUUCAGUCCACCCCGUGCUGGGUCUCCAGGCAAGCGAGAGAAAGAUGAGGAUUCCUGUUCCUAUGAAAAUGUCACCAUUGGAGUGUCUCAGGGCUCUGAUUCAGAUGAUGCUGUAGACUAUGAGAACAGCAUGACAAUACUCACAUGGAAACUCCAGCAAGGGCAAGCCCCACUGACAGAAAGCCUGGAUGAUGAGCCAGACUACAUCAACACAGGUCCUGUGUCAGGCCCUGCCCUGCUGCCACAGCAAAGUAUUCUGCAUAAAGUCUGAAGAAAUCUUUUGCUGAGCUGUAAGAGUGCACCCAGCAAACAAGCACGCAGGGAGAGGGGAGAUUUCCAUCCCUCACUGAAAUCCCUUCUCCAAUCUGUGCCUGCGGUGACAUAGAAGGGGUGUUACUGAAAGAACUGCACUGCUUGAAGCCCCACAGAAGUCCAACUGCAAACCAGCAACUGGAGAAAGUAUUCUGCCCCCAGAGACCAUGGGCAAGCCCCAGGCUCCUAAUCCUCAAUUUCAUCCCAAUCCCAUUUCCCUGCGUGUCCACUCGAAGAUGGCCAGUCUGGGCAAUGUUUUCUCCUGUCAGGCAUGAAAUGAAUCUUUAACUUGCUGAACAGUAAUGCAGCCAGCUACUUAAUUUGUCAGGGUGACUCAUGCACGAUGGUAUUAAGCCAGAGGGAUUACGUUCUGAUUUAGUUCCUGUGCUCUCCUACAGAAGCAGUUUCCUACGAGAGGAACUGGCGAGGCAGAGGUGGUGCUUGUAACAGCAGUGGCUGUCUGGAGCUGAAUGAGAUUCCAACCUGUUCACAAAGGCUAAAGAGGAUUAAAUGCCUGCUUAUCCAUGAGCAUGCAAUUCACAGUGUUGGUCUAUGGCAGUUUUCCUCAUGUUUCAGUAUCUGUUUUAUAAUGAUACAAAGAACCAGCAGCAACUGUGAGAGUCAGAUCCACAGCCACCAGCCCCAGAAACUGCUCCAGUCCUUCAAUACUGCUGUUGGAACAUCAUCCCAGGAACAGAAUCCCUAUCUCCUGAGCCCUGAUGUACAGA